GGGCGUUGAUCUCUUUGGUUUAGGUUGGGUCCCCAUGUGUUGACAUUGCAGCCAGGACUUGCCCCUAGAGGUUUUGUUUUCUCAUAAGCAACUGGACUUUAAACUUCAACAUCUCUCCUGCAGCCAUUUCCCACAAGAGCUGCAGGAAUGCAGGCAGGCACCGUCAGGCUCAGAGGGUAACAAUGGCAAGGUGCUCUUGGAAAAUAUUCUUCCUUCUCUCUGCCCUUUUCCCUCAGACAGAGCAGGCAGUAUUUAUAUCAGCUCAUGAUGCAAACAGUGUUAUCAAGAGACAGAGACGUGCCAGUUCCCUGCUUCUGGAGGAAGUCCUUGAAGGCAGCUUGGAAAGAGAAUGCCUAGAAGAGAGAUGUACACAUGAAGAAGCAAGGGAAGUAUUUGAAGAUGAUGAAAUGCUCAAUUUGUUUUGGGAUAUCUACUAUGGUGGCAGGAGGUGCUCCUCAAACCCCUGCCAGCACAACGGUGUGUGUGAGGACAGCAUCCGUGGCUACACCUGCACCUGUGCUGAGGGCUACGAGGGAGAGAACUGUGCUUUUGCUAAAAAUGAAUGUCACCACCAAGCAAAGGUAGGAUGUGACCACUUCUGCUACCCAGGAAGUGAUUCCUACCGCUGUUCCUGUGCUGAUGGCUACGAGCUUGGGAAGGAUAAAAGACGGUGCAUCGCAUUAGAUGCAUGUGCAUGUGGCAGACUUCAAGACAGUGAUAACCUUAUAAGUGAAACCAGGAAGAAAAGUGAUGAGCGAUUUCCUUGGCAGGUGCUGCUGCUAAACUCGGAAGGGAAAGGCUUCUGUGGAGGAGUGUUGCUAAAAAGUAACUUCGUGUUGACCACAGCAGAGUGUGCCCUUCUGCACAGCCAUUUUCAAAUCAGGGUUGGUGCUGGACCUAAUGGAACAAGUGGAACUGGGGAGAUAAUGCAAGUUAGUGAGAAGCACAUACACAUCCGGUACGAUGAAGACACUGGUGAGAACAACAUUGCAUUGCUACAACUUCAAGGGCAUGUUGAGUGUGACAACUCCCACCUUCCUGUGUGCACCCCUGAGAGAGACUUUGCAGAACAUGUUCUAAUUCCAAAACUGGCUGGUACAGUCAGCGGCUGGAGAAUGGAAGGUGAUGAACUUCAAGGUGAAGAGCUGAAGGUUUCAUACCUUCCUGCUGAGGACUGCAAACAAAUACUCAACAUCAGCCUCACAAACAGGCAGUUUUGUGGGCACCUGCAGGAGGCUGUAGACAAACGCCUGGCUGGAGGGAGCUUUUUGGUUACUGAAUACAAGGGCACGUGGUUUCUGACUGGUAUCCUGGGAUCCUGGCCGCUGGAAGACACUGCCUGGGAAACACUGCUUUUCACCAACACUGCAAGGUAUAUGGUAUGGGUUAAACAAAAAAUAAAGUAAGACACAAACACAACCAACUCUCAAGCAGCAAGCCCCUACCAAUUGCUGCAAGGAAACAUAUGGAUGCAGGCAGUACCCCCAUUUGACUCUACCACUAUUUGCAGCAUUGGAAGUUGCAAGAAUGACAUGUGUUUAACUCUAGUUUAUACAGAAAAGCUUGUUCGUCUUUCCUUCUGCUGACACACAGUACUGUGAGUAAUGAUACAGUAAACCUAAUUAUUGAACUAAAAACUGAUUUAAUUUCAAAUUUCCUAGAACUGUUCAUCCUAAACCUCAAAACAUGUUGACUAUUUUCUGUGAUUUCAAAUGUUGCUAGUAUCCUGAGGUUUGAUUCAGCAAAUUUAUAUUAUUUCAGGAUCCAUACAAGUAAAACUUAAAAUACAUGGGGAAUGUCAAGCUUUUAAAUGUCUAUGUUGAGGUAGCACUUGACAUAUUCAUCACACUAAAAAAUGCUUCCCCCCCUCACACAUGGAAUCUAUGUUUUCCCUUAUGAAUGAUGCCAGUUAGAGGGUAAAAUAAAACCCAACUGUCAAAGACAACAAAAAAUAAAUGUCUCAUUUGUUUUAAAAAUAAUUUUUAAACCCCAAAACUAAAAUCUCAUCAGUCUGGACAAAGUAAUAUUGUACCACCUACAAACAAACCAAUCCCCAGGGUAGUAAUACUUAAAAUAAUGGGUCCAGUGGUAGCGUUCCCCCCAGAAGCAAAAUAAAACAGAGUAUGAAUAAUUUAGCUACAUGAGUUAUUGUUCAUCCUAACAAAAAUUAAACAAAAUAUGACCAGAUUUUAAAAAAUCCCACAGCCAUCUGUGGUUUAUACUCAAACCCAUAAGUAUUACUGACACAGUAAAGCUUUUGGUGUCACACUUCUCUAUUUUUUAGAGACAGUUUGAAGAGAGUAUUUAAUACCAGCAAAAUUAUUGAGACUUAAAAAAAAUUUGGAAACCAUGUAAGAAAAUAUUACUUCCACUCUGAACAAUGGAUUAACACAAGUAACAAAGGCUGAUACUUCUCUCUGAAGGACAAACACAGAAAUAGUAUGAUGAAGUACUUUAUAAAAGCUUUUAAGUAGUUGGGAAGGAAUUUGGAAUGCUUUGCUUUAUUUCUUCACGAGAUACUUUGAAUUAUCUAGAAAGCCUGUGGAAACUACCACUUAAAAGUCACAUUUAAUUUCAAUGCACUUUGUAACACUGGCAGCCUUGGCCAUUCUGGGAAAGGAGCCACAAACAGUUCCUGGUAUUUCAGUCCUGGACAUGAACCAGGCCAUUUACAGUGUUCUUGGGGUCACUGGGAGCAGUUCCACUGGGCAAGCCGAGUAUCUGAAGAGUACUUGCAUGGCUAAGAUGCAAUACUCAACAACACACUGUUGACAGUGGAGGAAAUGGGUUCUGCUUGCUGACCACAAGCU